CAGCAGCAUCAGAUGGACUUUGUCGGCUGGGCACACCGACACUUAACAAGAAGCCUGGCAGAGUGUAUUAGUGCUGCAUAGCUCUCAGCAGGAAGAUGAGCCCCACCAAGAUAUGUUCUGCUUUUGUUAUCGUAACAGUGUUGUGUGUGACCAGACCGGUUGUGGCAGGACCAUCGGAGCUGGUAUCACGCCAGACAGCAGCCAGACAACAGGGGGGAGCUGUUCUUUUCUUUGCAUCCUACCAGGGUAGUCUCAGAGAGAUCGAGUUCAACCCGAUUAUCUUUAACGAAGUGGUGGUUAACCAGGGCUCCGCCUACAGCAAUGACACUGGCGUGUUCACCGCGCCAGUCGCUGGCAUCUACCAGUUUGUGUUUGCUGCACAGCUCUGCCGCGGAAACCACAACAAUCUGUGGCACUUCAUGAUCAAGGGGGACCAGAGGAUGGUAUGCCACGCUCAGGUGUCCGGAGGUGACACAACCCUCAGCACUUGCUACCUCAUGGAUGAACUGAAGAAAGGUGACCAGGUUUGGAUGAGGCAGAUCGUGGGAAGUUGCGCCUGGGCUAGCACCAUCUCCAAAACCAUCACCUUCUCCGGUGUCCUGCUGGCAAGUGAGGGUGUGUCCACGCUCGGAGGGAGAUAUGGCAGCUCCUGUCCACUGCCCAGCCUCGGCCGCACUAAGAGCAUAGCGUCUGUCUCUGCAGGCCAGAGUGCUACUUUGUCUACUGUGGCCAUCACCAUGCUGCUCUGCCUCAACCUCUUGGAUUAAUCACGGAAAGGUCCAUACCUGUAUUAUAUAUGUAUUGUACGAUUGUACUGUUAUUCUUAUGCUUCUUCAACAAUUUUUUGGACCAAAUCUAUAGGUUGAACAGAACUGACAAUGUCCAAGUUCAAUUUAUUUGUAUUGUAUGGAUUAGAAAGUAGUCUCUCUGUUACCUUGCUACAGCUAACUAAACAAUGAUUAACAGGUGGGAACCAUAAUGACAAAUAAACCCAAUUUCUUCAUAAUAUUGCAUUUUUCAACAUGCCAAGAUGGUCAGUAGGAAAAAGAAAACACUCGCUCACUAGAGGUGUACAUGCACAAGUAUUACCGUUUGCAUCAGAUGAGGCACAAACUGACAGUCUGUCACAAAAGAAUACUGUAUGAUGUUACACUGAGCAGGUAUCACAAGAACUAACAAGACCUAACAGAACAAGGAUCAAGACAGAUGUAAAAUAGUCUUCAGUGCACAGCAAGAGGAUGUCUUGGUUGAGCCUGCUUCAAAUAUGAACUGCGGACAAAAUGUAGAGAAUCAGAUCAGCAUAUUGUCCAAAUUUGGUUGUUCAGACAUGCAGCACACAACAGAAGACUGUCCAUGUUAGAUGUGUCCACAAUAUCAACAAAAGAGUCGAAAGAAAUAUACGGGCGAGAACAGAAGAGAACGAAGCAGCUUUUAUGUUCACGUAGAUUCUGAUGUAGCAAGUGAAGCAGCAGCAUUUUGGAUCUGUGUGCAGCAGCAUUGUGAGUGAGCCAUAGAGAAGCCUGACAGACCGAGCUGGGAAAUAUUCCGGGCAUGUGUUUUGCAGAACAUCAAGCCAUUAUCUCAAGUCCCGCUGUAUGUAUGAGCAGGUGUUACAGCUGAUUAAACCUGCACUAACACGGAAGAUUACACAUUAUCAAAAGGCCCACAUGCUUGCACUGAAUUCACUCUGGAGUCUAUUCAUGUGGCUCACCCAGACUCAGGACACAGGAGCUGGUAAGGUAAAGUCUGGGGUCUCAUUCUUACCAGUGUUGGCUGGUAAUGUUUUCCCCUUGUGAAUCUUAAAACUAAUCAAGUGAUAAGAAGUGCCCGUCUAAAGAUCUAUGACGUGGGUGUACGCACACUGUUUAUAUCAGGAGCCCCGUAAUUUCACAGAAUGGGGUGAGUGUGGAUGGAAAAAUGAAGAGUCAACCUCUUUUUACUGGUUGUUCACACACUCUCGCCAGCAGUUUAUGGCCGCUUUGUCAGAUGUUUAUAUGACUGAUUUAACUGAUUUCCUUAAUUUCUUGGCCAUGUCAGAAACAUUCAGGUUUAUGGAGGAGAUGGCUGAAAUAUUAAACUUGCUUAAUGCUGGCUGAUGUUUUUUUAGAAUCGGAGGUUACUAAUGAAGAGUUGACCCCACAGAAUGAAAUGAACAACCUGAUGAUUUUGAGGAAAAAUUGUGCUGCAUGGGCAGUAUAAUAUAUAAAUGCUUUGUCAAAAACAAAUGGUAUUAAGUUAAUGUUUUGUCUAUGGUGCAUUACACUGGCUGUCCGCGAGAUGGAGACAU